UCAACCCAGGUCAUUUCUUUCUAAUCUUGACAUGGAGAAAAGACUGACAAACCUGUAGUGAAACCUCAUUUAACAAUGCUAGCAUCAUACAUACUAAUUAUUCUCCUUAUUGGAACACUGUACACAGUUGAUUGUCUGGAAUGCUACUCAUGUUCGGGUGUUUCAUCAGUCAACAACUGUAUCUCAACCACACAAUGUCGAACUGGACAGUCAUGUUAUACAAACUCUUUUACAUCUGGACAAGACACAAAGUUCACAAUGGGCUGCACUAAUAACGAACAAUGCGGUAUUCAAUCAGGAAUUGUUGGUCGGGACGUUAGUGAGCGAGAAACGAGCUGCCAUGAAUGCUGCAGCACGGAGAGGUGUAACAAUCAACUAUGUAUCCACUUUAAACCUACAACGUGUAUGGACGAUGUGAAAGUAGAUUGUGCCUACUUAAAUGCAAUGUUCAACAUCUGCAAAGACAUUCAGCAUUCGAAAAAUGUCUGUCCGAAAUUCUGCGGCCUCUGCACAUUAGUGGACGGAAACUGGGCAGACUGGUCGCAAUGGUCGACUUGUUCCGUAACCUGCGAGAAAGGAAUGCAGACAAGAAAACGAACAUGUACCAACCCUCCGCCGGCUCACAAUGGCCUUGACUGUGUUGGGAACAAAACCGAUACAAAAUCAUGUUUAAAACAGCCAUGCCCAAUUCACGGUGGAUGGACAGGAUGGGAAAAUUGGGGCGCAUGCUCAGUAACAUGCGAUGUUGGGGUACAAAGAAGGGUUCGUAACUGCACAAAUCCUUAUCCUUCACGCUUUGGAGACCAUUGCUUUGGGAAUCCAUUUGAAUACAAACAAUGUAUGCGGGGUCCAUGUGCGAGUAAGUAA